AUGUUGAAACUUCUCUCUCUGGGCCUGAUGGCCGCUCAGUCCGUGAUGGGCAUCAGAUUCGGCAUGUACAUUGACGAAUACCACACAACCGAUCUGCCUAGUAGCAGCCAGACGGAGGGUAUCGACCAUGCCAUCAUGGCGUUUGCCCCCUCGACUCUCUUUAACUCGGACUCGACUCCCUCGUUUACUCCCUUUGAGUCCCCCUCGACUAUGAGGGCACGGUUUGGCGCAAACACAAAACUUAUGAUCGCCAUCGGCGGCUGGGGGGAUACCUCUGGGUUCAGCGAUGGUGCGAAAGAUGAUGCUUCGCGGGCCAGGUACGCGAAGAACGUGGCGGCGAUGCUUGAUGCCAACGGAUUUGACGGUGUUGAUAUCGAUUGGGAAUACCCCGGUGGUAACGGUCAGGACUACAGGCAGGUCCCCAACUCGGCCAAGACGUCCGAGAUUGAGACCUACCCUCUCUUCCUGAAGGCUAUCCGUGAUGCGAUUGGCGACAAGGUUCUGUCCAUUGCUGUGCCCGGCAAGAAGGGCGACAUGAUCGCUUUCACCAAGGAACAGGGUCCCAGCAUUUUCUCUUCUGUCGACAUGGUCAACCUCAUGAGCUACGACUUGAUGAACCGCCGCGACAACGUGACUAACCACCACACCAGCGUGGAGGGCUGCCUGGAGGCCGUCCAGAACUAUAUCGAUAUCGGCCUGGACCCUGCCAAGAUCAACUUGGGCUUCGCCUAUUACGCCAAGUUCUUCACGACCGACCCCAACUCGGACUGUGCUACUCACCCCAUUGGCUGUGGCGUGGUUAGCCUCGAGAACGCCGACGGUACCGACAACGGCAAGUCUGGCGCCUUUACCUUUGAGCAGGGUAACAUGUCGCCUGCUCCGACUGAUCUCACCACCUCUGUUGAUGGCACUUGCGGAUUCGCCAAGAAGACCAAGUGUCCUGCGGGAAGCUGUUGCAGCCAGUACGGCAACUGUGGCACUGGCGAUGAUUUCUGCCAGGUGGGCUGCCUCUCAGACUACGGUACCUGCAAGGGCAUCUCCGUGACGGACUCGUGGCGCCGCGCCCUGAGCGACGGCCAGACAGACGAGACCGCCGGUGGCCAGUACUACUGGGACAGCAACGUGAACCUGUUCUGGACGUGGGACACCCCGGACCUGAUCGCGCGCAAGUUCACCGACAUCGUUGCAGCCAAGUCCGUCGGAGGCAUCAUGGCCUGGAGUCUGGGCGAGGAUACGUACGACUGGAGCCAUCUUAAGGCCAUGCAGGCCGGUGCUACCCAGUGA